AUUAUUGUUACUAUUGUUUUGUUAAUAUUUAAAUAAAAUAAACUGUAAAUAAAUCUGGUGAAAGUAUCUAGUCGUAGGAAUUGUAAUUAAUUUAAGAGGAUAGUGAAGUGUCUGAGGAAUUAUUUAUAGACAAAUUGUACAUAAAAUAUUUUCCUACUUAUUAAUUGAACUGGAUUGAAUAUUGAUGAGCUUUUGGAGGCGCUAUGAGUUCAGCAAGGUAUUUACUUAGGUGAAUUUUAAUUGUUUAGGUGCUGAAAUUCCAGAGGGUGGUUUAUUGUGCAGUGAAGCUGUUGAGCGGUGAAGGUGGUCAAUAUGACUCCUCUCUUGCUCAUCUUAUUGGUGGCCUUCGACACGAUUUUCGCGCAGAGUCAUGUUGGGAAUAUCAGCGACUCAAUGUUCAUCACGUACAUGACAAGCCCGCCGAAGAUCCUGAUGAGACCGCGGUCCCAGCACGUAAAGGCAGGAGGGAUCGCCAGUUUCUACUGCAGCGCCCAUGGACAGCCCCCGCCACAAAUCCACUGGCGCAAGAACGGGAAAAAAGUUUCCUCUACGGCGUCGCGCUACAGUACCAAAUCCUACGCAAAUGGCGCGCUCCUGAGGAUCGACCCAGUAAGAGCAAAUCGCGAUGAAGCAAUGUGGGAAUGUGUUGCCGAAAAUGGAGUCGGUGAUGCUGUGACAGCAGAAGCCCAGCUGACCGUCCACGAACCGGACAACGUCCCAGUGGGGUUCCCAGUUAUCACUCAGUCCCCCACAACCAAAGUUGUCGAGAUGGGGCACAACGCAGUGCUAUCUUGCACAGCCAUCGGCUCGCCACCUCCUAUAAUUUCCUGGAUUCGCGAUAUGGUCCCUAUCAACACGUCAAAUCAUCGAUAUUCUGUCCUAGACUCUGGCGCUCUGCAAAUUGAAGAAUCUGAGGUCGAUGAUCAGGGCCAGUACGAAUGUGUGGCUAAUAAUACUGUUGGUACUGAGUAUUCUGAAGCUAUUCAGCUUUACGUUAGAGUGAGACGUUUACCACCGAGUUUUUCCAUCCCACCUCCGUCUGUCAGCGAAGUGAUGAUGGGUGCUUCUUUGAACUUGACGUGCGUCGCGGUCGGUUCCCCGAUGCCUUACGUUAAAUGGCGCAAGGAACCUUCCACGGAAAUGACGCCCGAAGAUAAAUUGCCGAUUGGAAAAAACGUGCUGUAUCUUACGGAAAUAAAGGAGUCCGCAAAUUACACCUGCAUCGCUGCCAGUGAUCUUGGUCUCAUUGAAGCUUCUUCGAUGGUUAAAGUUCAAUCUUUGCCAGGAGCACCCGAAAACGUCCAAGUAUCCGAAAUAACAGCAACAUCCGUAAAAUUAACCUGGUCAUACAAAAGACCAGACGAAUUGCAAUACUACGUAAUCCAGCACAAGCCGAAAAAUGCGAACCAAGCUUUCGCAGAGACAUCCGGAAUUACGACAAUGUAUUACCACGUAAGAAGUCUCAGUCCGUACACAGACUACGAGUUGUACGUAAUUGCUGUUAAUGUGAUUGGACGAGGUCCCCGGAGUCACCCCGUGUACGUCACCACCGGCGAAACGACGGAAUCAACAAAUGGAGGUUCCAGACCUGGUUCAGCUCCACGCAAAGUCCAGGUUCGACCGCUGAGCUCUAGUACUAUGGUGAUACAGUGGGACGAGCCAGAGACGCCCAACGGCCAAGUCACGGGCUAUAAAGUGUACUAUACGACGGACCCGAACCAGCCGAUGGCUUCCUGGCAGUCCCGGGUCGUGGACAACAAUCAGCUGACCACUGUAUCGGAUCUUACGCCCCACACAAUGUACACGAUCCGUGUGCAAGCGUUGACGAGCGUAGGUCCUGGUCCACUGAGCCAGCCAAUACAAAUAAAGACACAGCAAGGGGUGCCGAGUCAGCCGGAAAAUCUUUCCGUUGUUGAUGUCGGGGAAAACUCGGUCACGCUUCAGUGGAGCAAACCCGCUCAUAGUGCUGAAAAUAUUCUCAGCUAUGAGCUAUACUGGAACGAUACUUAUGCUCAGGAAAAACACCACCGCAGAAUCGGAGUUACGGAAAACUACACUCUAACCGGUCUGUACCCGAACACCCUGUACUACGUGUGGCUAGCGGCCCGGAGCCAGCGCGGGGAGGGUGCAACUACCGUCCCAUACGAAGUUCGCACCAAACAGUACGUACCCGGGGCUCCGCCUCGGAAUAUCACCGGCCACGCCAUCAGCACGACCGCUAUUAAAGUCUCAUGGAAGCCGCCGCCGACCGAAAGCAGUAACGGACGGAUCGCGUACUACAAGCUCCAGGUCGUCGAGACCGGGCGCUCUGAUUCAGAGGCCAGGGUCAUCAAGCUUAACAGCACCGAGUUUGUUCUGGACGAAUUGAAAAAGUGGACCGCCUACAGAAUUUGGGUUGUCGCGGGCACCAGCGUUGGUGACGGACCGCCGAGUUACCCUAUCACUGUCAAAACUGAUGAGGACGAGAAUAAAAUGCCAGGAAAUCCCCAGGACGUCACAGCGACGGCUUUAAACUCAACGACUAUCAGAGUAGAGUGGAAGCCGCCCCGAGUUAAUGACCAAAAUGGCGUCAUCAGAGGUUAUCAUGUCCACAUACAAGAGGUCGCUGAAGAGGGCAAGGACUUGCUGAACGAGCCAAUCCGUCAAGAUGUCCACGAAGAAGGCGUCCAUGCAAUCAACGUGACCAAUUUACAGCCAGACACUAAAUAUUACGUCCAAGUCGCGGCUCUAACGCGGAAGGGCGAUGGGGAUAGGUCGCUUCCUGUGCACGUCAGAACUCCUGGUGGUGUGCCAAAUAGGCCGCAAGUCAACGUCAAGGUAAUCAAUCAGGAUCCAAUAGUCCUCGAGCUGGAGUGGGCCAAGCCGAGCGAGCCAGCUGGGCAAUUAACGGGCUACCGCGUUAAAUACGGAAUUAAAAAUCAGACGUUGAAGGAAGAGUUUAUCAAAGACAUCAAUCAGGUUACUUUCAAAAUCAAAGAUGUCGAACGUGGCGUUCAUUACGAAUUCCGAAUUGCCGGAGAGAACCAAAACGGAGUUGGCCAAGAAACAGUUCGCUAUUACGAGAGUCCAGAGGGUGAGCCUUCAGGCCCACCAACAAACCUAACCUACUCCUUCCAGACUCAAGACACAGUUUGCGUGAAAUGGAGCGAGCCUGCUCGUCGCCAUCGGAACGGGCAAAUAAUUCGCUACGAUGUUGAAUUCCACAAAAAGAACGACCACAGCACUAUUGAGGCGCGGAACACAACUCAAGAACGCGCUGUUUUUACAAAUCUUGAAGAAGCUACGGAAUAUGUCUUCCACGUGCGCGCGCAUACUGUUCGCGGUUCAGGGCCGUACUCUGAGAAAAUCACGAUAGUUACGGAGAAAGAUAUCGGCCGGGCGCCAUUGAACGUCAAGGCUGUGGCAACUUCUGAGUCAAAUGUCGAAGUCUGGUGGGAGCCAGUGCCGAAUCGUGACAAAAUUAUCGGGUACAAAAUUUUCUACACGAUGACAGCGGUGGAGGAUCUUGAUCAGUGGAAGCAGAAGUUAAUUGGCAUGACCGAGUCCGCUGAGUUGGAAAAUUUGGAACGCGACACUGCUUACGCGAUUGCCGUCGCCGCGAGGUACAAAAACGACGUUCUGGGGCGUCUUAGUCAGAAAGUUACGGUUAAAGUCAAGCCUGAAGACGUUCCUCUGAAUUUGCGUGCCUCUGACACUUCUACGCACUCUAUGACACUCUCGUGGACUCCGCCAAUAAGACUGAACCCCACGGGCUACCAAGUAUCCUUCGACGCUGUGAAAGAGUUCGUGGACUCUCAAGGAAUUACUCAAACCCAAAUUGUGCCUCGCAGAACUAUUCGCCUAGAUGCCACUGCUACUACCACGACAAUCGACGAACUCCAGCCGUUUACGACCUACAACGUCAACGUGAGCGCGGUUCCAGCUGACUCUUCGUACAAACCUCCGGCAAAAAUCACUGUGACCACUCAAAUGGCCGCGCCUAAGCCGAUGGUCAAGCCUGAUUUCUAUGGCGUCGUUAAGAAAGAAGAGAUUCACGUUAUUUUACCUCAAGCUUCUGAAGAAUACGGACCAAUCGCUUAUUAUUAUUUGAUAGUAGUUCCUGAGGACAAGGCUACUGCUCAUAAGCAGCCUGAUGAAUUUACAGAGGAUGUUAUUACGGGAAAAAACGCGAAACAAGACCCGGAAAACGCGCCAUACAUCGCGGCCAAAUUCUCGCAUAGAACUAUUCCGUAUACUUUUCAGCUCGGCAGCGGGGAUGUUUACGAAGGCUUUGAAAACAAAAAGUUGGAUCCUACCAAACGGUACAGGAUUUUUGUACGGGCUAUUGUUGAUACUCCUAAAAAGCAUCUUUACACAUCAUCCCCCUUCUCGGAGUACUUAUCCCUCGAUAUGCGAGAAGUACCACCCGGUGACCCACCAAGCCGACCAAAUCCAGAUAUAUCUCCCGACGGGAACCCAGAAGUCUCUGUAACCAACAGCGGCCAAGAACCGGGCAUGGUUUGGGUGAUUGGGCCAAUCAUAGCCGCUCUGAUGGUCAGCAUUUGCCUGGUUUUGCUUUUUGUAAUAAGGAAGCAUUCAACUAGACGCAGACAGCCUUGCAAAGCGCCAGAUCAAGCAGCAGUAACACGCCCUCUGAUGGCCGCGGAUAUAAGCUCGAACCACGCGCCCUCUGACCCGGUAGAAAUGCGCCGGCUGAACUUCCAAACACCCGGCAUGAUGUCACACCCUCCAAUUCCUAUCAGCGAGCUCGGGAACCAUAUAGAUCGCUUGAAAGCCAACGAUAACCUAAAAUUCAGCCAGGAAUACGAGUCAAUUGAACCGGGCCAGCAAUUCACUUGGGACCACUCGAACAUGGAGGUCAAUACUUCCAAAAAUCGUUACGCCAACGUCAUCGCUUACGAUCACUCUCGCGUUAUUCUCCAAACAAUCGACGGAAUUCCCGGUUCUGACUAUAUAAACGCGAACUACUGCGACGGGUACCGAAAACAGAACGCCUAUGUCGCCACUCAGGGGCCGCUCCAAGAAACUUUCGCGGAUUUCUGGCGCAUGUGCUGGGAACUGCGAACUAGCACCAUUGUAAUGAUGACCAAGCUCGAGGAACGAACGCGUAUAAAGUGUGACCAGUAUUGGCCGACUCGCGGAGCCGAAACUUACGGACAAAUGACCGUGACGAUAAGCGACAUCCAGGAACUGGCGACCUACUGCAUCAGAACUUUCCAAGUCUGUCGUAACGGCUACACAGACAGAAGGGAGAUAAAACAGCUCCAGUUCACCGCUUGGCCGGAUCACGGAGUUCCGGAGCACCCAGCGCCGUUCUUACAGUUCCUCAGACGCGUUAAAACAUUAAAUGUACCUGAUUCCGGGCCUCUGGUGGUCCAUUGCAGCGCUGGGGUCGGCAGAACUGGAUGCUUCAUCGUUAUAGACUCCAUGUUGGAACGGAUCAAGCAUGAGAAAAUGAUCGACAUCUACGGCCACGUCACUUGCUUGCGCGCGCAGCGGAAUUACAUGGUGCAAACUGAAGACCAGUAUAUAUUUAUCCACGACGCGUUGUUCGAGGCGGUGAUCUGCGGCUUCACAGAAGUUCCAGCUCGGAACUUGCACUCGCACAUACAAAAACUGAUGCAAACUGAGUUGGACAACACCACGGGAAUGGAGCUGGAGUUCAAGAAGCUCUCGAACAUCAAAGCGGACUCUACGCGAUUCAUUUCUGCAAACUUGGCUUGUAACAAACACAAGAACAGGCUAGUCCAUAUUUUACCGUACGAGUGCACGCGGGUUUGUUUGCAGCCCCAGAGGAACAUGGAAGGCUCGGAUUAUAUCAACGCGAGCUUCAUUGACGGAUAUCGGUACCGCGGUGCCUAUAUUGCGACCCAGGGGCCGCUGAAUGAGACCACUGAUGACUUCUGGAGGAUGUUGUGGGAGCACAAUUCGACGAUUGUCGUUAUGUUGACGAAACUCAAGGAAAUUGGCAGGGAAAAGUGCCACCAGUAUUGGCCCUCUGAUAGGUCUAUCAGGUAUCAGUGUUUCGUUGUUGACCCGAUUGCGGAGUAUAAUAUGCCUCAGUAUAUUUUGAGGGAGUUUAAAGUCACUGAUGCGAGAGAUGGCGCUAGUCGCACUGUCCGGCAGUUCCAGUUCAUCGAUUGGCCGGAACAGGGUGUUCCUAAGUCAGGAGAUGGGUUCAUUGAUUUUAUUGGUCAGGUUCAUAAGACCAAGGAACAGUUCGGGCAAGAUGGACCUAUCACCGUGCACUGUAGCGCUGGAGUGGGGAGAACUGGCGUCUUUAUUACGCUUAGUAUUGUUUUGGAGCGGAUGCAGUAUGAGGGCGUUGUUGACAUCUUCCAGACGGUCAGAAUACUGCGCACGCAACGUCCGGCUAUGGUUCAAACUGAGGAUCAAUACCAAUUUUGUUAUCGUGCUAGCUUGGAGUACUUAGGAUCAUUCGACCACUAUGCCAACUGACAAGAAGAAAUCCGCGAGCCAAGAGAACCAACGAGAGACCGAGGAGAGCGUCACAUAAGAAGUCGUGAGAGUACUGGUGAAAGAGCUAAGAUACGACGUGUUUAGUUUGACUAACAGACUUUUAAACUAACAAAAUAAAUUUUUUAUUAAUUAUUAGUACUCAAUAAUUAAUAAUUACCAUUAAUUAAUAUCAAUAAUAUUAAUAAUAGGUAACGCUUGUAACGGUUGAGUCGAUGCUCGUUGUGUUUGAAGCUCGUUGGAUUUAGAUUUUAUAAAAUAAAAUAAAAUAUUACGCGAGAGAUUCCGACAUUGCUGUCAUGAUUGAUGAUGGGGUUUAGAGCACUUUGAUGAUUAAAAAUGUACUUUAAUAUAAAGUAUUCUCAAUUAAACUCCCAUUGUUUUAUCAUUUUAUUAUUUUAAUUUUACGAACAAAUCAUCAGUAUAGAGCAACAAUAAUUAAUUAACUGAUUACAUCUCUAAUAGAUAAACACUCGUUCGAUUAAAGGAACGAAGACUGCCAUUUAGGCACGUGAAAUCGGUGUUUGAAUAAUAAUAUUAAUAUUAAUUGAUUAAAUAGACUAAUUAAUGAACAAACCGGUAACGCGUAAUGUUUCUUUUGAAACAGAGCCUUAAAGAGUUUCGAUGCGAACAAACAAUUGUCCAUAAUAUUAAUUGAGAAGGAGCCCUCCGUCUAGAUUUUUCUCAGUUAACAAUUAUCCUAGUGUAGCUAUUGGAUUAAUUAUAAUUAUAAUUAUUAAUUAUUAAUUAUCGAUUAUUGUAGAUAAUGAAUGGGAGUUAAGUAUUGAAAUGUAAUUAAUGAAGGUAGUAGGCAAUUAAAUAAUUGAGUCGAAACAUAUCGGUAUAAAAAUUCUUUUUCAGGUUUUUUAAAACAAUUAAUGCUCCUUUGUAUUUAUCAUUCCUGAGUAAUGGUAGACUGAAGUACUACUCAAAAAAAAAAUAAUUAAAGUUAAUAUCUAAUCUUAAUCCAAAUAUCGUGACCUUUUUACCGUGUUCUCUUUUUUAGAACAAUUUGAAAUUUAUAUUCAAUAAAUUUACAGUUUAAAAUUACUGAUAAAUCUUUUGACCGUUUUUUCAAAUCUAUCUAGAAGUUAACACCGAAUUUUUUUAUUAUAAAUCUACCGAAAGGACCUUAGAGUUUAAUAAUUUUAUUAAAGUAUCAAUCAAUCGAGUUUAUUUGGUCUCGAGAGUUUUAAUAACUUUAUUUAUCGAAUUUAGAAUUUUUUUUAAUGACAGUAAAGUUUUAUCUACACAGAAAAAAAAAUU